UAACCACGCCAGUUUGUAAAGCAGCCCCAAGACAGUGAACCUUUGGAGUUUGAUAUGAUGUGAUUACAGAAUCACCCCAGUGACACGUUGCCAAAUUCAGCAGAAUGAGGGUCUAAGUCUUCCGGGUGGUGAUCUCUGAAAUUGCUCAGUGAGCACCCCUAAUUUUGCUGAUUUAUUGCUGAUAAUCACUCACAAUGGAAACCAAUCAAAAAUGCGGGGAUGGACUGACUGGCAUGCAGAAAGAGACUGCGCUGCGUGAUCUGAUCGAGCGCACAGGAUAUCAUAUACACCAGGAAAAUGGCCAGAGGAGGUAUGGUGGUCCACCUCCUGGCUGGGAAGGCCCACCUCCAGAGAGAGGUAGUGAGAUUUUUGUGGGAAAGCUUCCUCGAGACCUCUUUGAGGAUGAACUGGUGCCGCUCUGUGAAAAAUUUGGCAAAAUUUAUGAGGUACGGAUGAUGAUGGACUUCAAUGGCAACAAUAGAGGCUAUGCAUUUGUUACCUUCUCCACAAAACAAGAGGCCAAGAAUGCCAUGAAACAGCUCAACAACUAUGAAAUCCGGAAUGGAAGACUUCUUGGUGUGUGUGCAAGUGUAGACAACUGUCGUCUGUUUGUGGGCGGUAUUCCAAAGACCAAAAAGAGAGAAGAGAUCCUGGUGGAGAUGAAGAAGGUGACGGAUGGUGUCAUGGAUGUCAUAGUUUAUCCAAGUGCUGCUGACAAGACCAAGAACCGAGGUUUUGCGUUUGUCGAGUAUGAGAGCCAUAGAGCUGCCGCCAUGGCCAGGAGGAAACUUCUGCCAGGGAGAAUUCAGCUGUGGGGUCAUCCUAUUGCAGUAGACUGGGCUGAACCUGAAGUAGAGGUAGACGAGGACACCAUGGCCACAGUGAAGAUCCUCUAUGUUCGCAAUCUGAUGUUGCCCACCACAGAGGAGACCAUAGAGAAAGAGUUUAACAGCAUCAAACCUGGUGCUGUUGAAAGGGUGAAGAAAAUCAGAGAUUAUGCUUUUGUUCAUUUCUCUCAAAGAGAGGAUGCCAUCAAUGCCAUGAAUGCACUGAAUGGAAAAGUCAUUGAUGGCUCUCCCAUUGAGGUCACACUAGCCAAGCCUGUGGAUAAGGACAGUUAUGUUCGGUACACCCGAGGCACAGGGGGUCGUGGCGGGACUGUGCUCCAAGAAAACUAUGCUUACACCGUAGGCCAGAUGUACGACCCUUCAGCAGCCUACCUAGGAGCACCAAUAUUCUACGCCCCGCAUGCUUACGCAGCCAUCCCUAAUCAGUUCCGCUUCCCCAGUACCAAAGGGCACAUAAGCACCAGGGGACUGGUGCACUCUCCCUCUGUGAGAGAAAUUUACAUGAAUGUACCUGUAGGGGCAGCGGGCGUACGUGGUUUAGGUGGGCGAGGAUACCUUGCCUAUGCAGGCGUGGGUCGUGGCUGUGCCACGUACCAACUCAAGACAGACAAACGCCCCGACGACAAACUCUAUGACCUUCUUCCUGGCAUGGAGCUCACGCCCAUGAACCCAGUCACUCUGAAGCCCCAAGGCAUCAAACACGCCCCACAGAUCUUGGAGGAUAUUUGCCAAAAGAAUAACUGGGGACAACCGGUUUACCAGCUUCACUCUGCUAUAGGACCAGAUCAGAGGCAACUGUUCCUUUACAAAGUCACCAUCCCUGCUCUGGCUACUCAAUAUCCAAAUAUACAUCCGUUUACCCCUGCCAAGCUCUGUGCAUCAAUGGAUGAGGCGAAGCUCCACGCGGCCGAACACACGCUGCAGAUCCUCGGUGUUCAGACAGAGGGCGCUGACGCUUCCGCUGCUGCGGCCGUCGCUGCUGCAUUCCCAGGUUAUGCAAUUGCCAGCACCACUGCUACCCAGCUGAAACAGGCUGUUUCUCUGGGUCAGGACCUGACUGCCUAUGCAACCUACGAGGGUUACCCUGCCUUUGCUGUGGCAACCCGUGGGGAUGCAUAUGGAGUGUUUUAAAACCUUUAACUAACAGUCUCUGUAAUGUCAAUGUUCUUCUGUUCCAUGUAUUCUGUCAUGUCUAUAGGUUAGUUGUGAUGGUAUAUAUAGAGUUAUGAUAACAUUAUUUCUUCCCAGGUAUUUUGAGCAUUUUUGCGACAUUGAAGAAUAUGAGUCAUCUUUUGACUUAACUCAGGAAGAGGGUCGUCUGAAGGCAGCCAACAACUCAAUCCCAAAUGUUUCUAAAAAUGUCACAUUUUAUGUUUUAUUGCUGUUUUUAAGACUUAAAUUCCCUUGAUUUGAACAUUACUUGUGUCAUAAAUUGUGGUCAUCCAGAAUGUUGACCCUUUUUUUAUAUAGAAAUAUAUAUAUAUCGAAAUUCAGGCUGCACCAUUGUUCAAUGCUGCCUGCUGCCUUUGAACGAUUGCCUUUAACAAUGAAUCAUUACAAUUGAAUGUAAUUUCGAAACACAUAGGCCUAGUAAUAUUCCAUUGUGCUAAGUUGUGCCAGACAUUUACUUUAGUAAGUUUUGGUAUUGUAUUUAAAGUGGUGUGUUUUUGUGUUGGUUUUCUUUCAGUAUUCAUGUUAACACCAAAGUACAGAGAGUUUCAACAGAUGAAACCCAUUCAUACUCUUUUGUAUGUAUCUGCAUGUUUUAGGAUCAUUUUAGAUAUGGUUGACACUUUGUAUCUGGUUCGUUUAUUAGUAGUUUUGCUAUAUUUUAUGAGAUAGUUGCAGGCUUGAUACUAUUUUCCCACUUACUACAUUUUCUAAGUGGAGAAUGGAAGAGCAUUGUUUAAAAACACAUUUUUGUUAAAUAUGAAGAUGCCUUAAAGGUGACAGUAUUAAAGUUUGUGUAGCACUUAGAACUUAUUUUUAUACCUGACUUCGAACUCUGUUUGGAGGAACUUUGUUAUGCGAUCAUAGAGUUUUUGAGAUUAUUUAUUGUCUAAGUGAUCGGCAUCAGAUCUGGAGGGAGAAUUAGACGGGCAUCAUCAGGACAAUAAAAAAAGCUGAGAUCUUCAUAGUGCUACAAAGAAAGAGAAUUGUGAAAAUAUAAUUCUAAUAAAUCAACUAACCAUUAAUAAAUCAAAUUUACUUCUUGACAA